CACCGUCCUCUCUUUAUUUUUAUCAAUCUAUGCAUCCAUCGAUCCAGCUGCUCUGCAAAUACAACAAACACCAAAUAAAAAAGCUAUCAAGUUCUCAAUCUUUAUCUUAGGGUUCUCUCUGUUUCUCUCGUUUUCAAAUCCCCCACCUCUAAAAAUCGAACCUUUUUCCCCUUAAACCAUGAACAACUCCACCCAACCCACUUCACAGAUCUUCUCUACGAUUCCCAUCUUACCGCUCUAGCAGAAAACCCUACCAAAGUUUUCACCUUUCAGGGUUUUUAGUCAUUUAGAUUUCAACGUUUUUUUUUGUUUUGUUUUGUUUUGGGAUUCAACCCUUGUUUAUUUUUGGGAAUUGUAGCUAUUGGGUUUUUGCACUGUUUUGAGAUAUUGAGUGUAGGAAGAUAUGGAGAGGUUUGAGAGUGGGAGUAGUAUUCAGGAGGCUCCCUGUUCUGUUCCUCAGGAUCUCAGCCAGUUUGGUGUUAAUUCUUCAGGGGAGUUAUUCGAUGCAUCACAAUAUGCAUUUUUUGGUCAAGAUUCUGUUGAGGAAGUUGAGUUGGGAGGUUUAGAUGAUGAAGAUGAGACUGCAGUUGGGCUUGAAGAGGAGGAGUUUCUGUAUAAUAAAGAAGAGAUUGGUGUGUCUCUAUCUGAUGCUGAUGAUCUGGCUCUAACUUUUGAAAAGUUGAACAAGGAUGUGAGUGGAACUUGGAACACCGGGAUAAUUGGUGAUAGAGGAUCUAGAGAAAGUUCAUCUGCUGCUGAAUGGGUGCAGGAUAGUUACCCUAACUGGAUUGACGAAGAAAUUUUUGAUGCUGAAAGCAUGAGAGAUGGGAAAAGAUGGUCUUCUGGGCCGUUUUCUUCUAUGCAUCCUACAGAAGCGAAGCCUUUGUACAGAACAUCCUCAUAUCCUGAGCCUCCACAGCUGCUGCAGCAGCAGCAGCAGCAGCAUCAAUAUUAUUCGAGUGAACCGAUUCUGGUGCCAAAAUCUUCCUAUACUUCAUUUCCACCUCCAGGUGGCAGAUCUCAGCAUGGUUCACCUAACAACCAGUCAGGCCACAUGAAUAUUCCUUAUGCUGCCGGUGGACCCCAGGGCGGAAUAUCUUCACCAAACCUUUCUCCCUACUCUAACUCUCCACUGCAAAUGAGUGGGUUGCCUCAUGGAUCACAUCUUGGUGGAAAUUUGCCUCAUCUGGCGCCUGGUCUUCCGAAACAUAGUCGUCCCCUGCAGCAAUGGGCCAAUCAAACUGGUUCAUAUGGAGAUCAUCCCAGUCAUUUAAAUAAUCUAUUGCAGCAACAGUUACCUCAUCAGAAUGGUUUGCCUCCACAGUUGAUGCAUCAGCCACAACAGCCGCAUCCUAGAAUGCACCAUCCAGUCCUGCAACCAUAUAGUCAUAUAUCAGCAAUGCAGUCUCAACUAUUUAACCCCCACCUUCCUCCAUCCCCACCCUUGAUGAAUAAAUUUGAAGCAAUGUUCGGUUUGAGUGAUAUUAGAGAUGAAAGGUCGAGAUUAGCUCAGAAAGGUAGACAGAAUAUGCAUUUUUCUCAACAUGGCUUUGAUACAGGCAGCUACAGGAGUGGUGGUCGGUGGUCGCCAUUUAGGUCCAAGUAUAUGACAGCUGAUGAAAUUGAGGGUAUAAUGCGAAUGCAGCUUGCCGCAACACACAGCAAUGACCCAUAUGUAGAUGAUUAUUACCACCAGUAUUGCCUUGCAAGAAAAUCUGCGGGGGCGAAGUUGAGACAUCAUUUCUGUCCAACUAAUUUAAGGGAUCUUCCUUCUCGGGCACGAGCUAAUGCUGAACCACAUGCUUUUCUCCAAGUUGAUGCUCUUGGGAGGGUUCCAUUCUCGUCAAUACGCAGGCCUCGGCCUCUUCUGGAAGUGGAGCCACCAAAUUCAUCUAGUCCGGGCAACACUGAACAUAAGGUUUCUGAGAAGCCUCUAGAACAGGAGCCAAUGCUUGCAGCUAGGGUGAUAAUUGAGGAUGGACUUUGUCUGCUCCUGGAUGUGGACGACAUUGAUCGUUUCCUACAAUUCAAUCAGCUCCAAGAUGGUGGAACCCAGUUAAGGCGUAGGCGUCAGAGCUUGCUAGAAGGGCUUGCAGCAUCUCUUCAAUUGGCCGAUCCUUUUGGGAAAAAUGAUCACACAAAUGGCCCUGCUCCCGAGGAUGAUUUUGUUUUUCUGAGGUUGGUUUCUCUGCCCAAGGGCCGAAAGCUCCUUGCCAAGUACCUCCAGCUCCUUUUCCCAGGUGGUGAGCUCAUGCGUAUAGUAUGUAUGGCCAUUUUCCGCCAUCUGAGGUUCUUGUUUGGUGUCCUCCCGUCUGAUCCAAGGGCUGCAGAAACUACAAACAAUGUUGCUAGGGUUGUUUCAUCAUGUGUUCGAGGUAUGGAUCUUGGUGCACUUAGUGCUUGUCUGGCAGCAGUUGUCUGUUCGUCAGAGCAACCUCCGCUUCGUCCCAUUGGGAGCCCUGCAGGAGAUGGGGCUUCCCUUAUUCUUAAUGCUGUUCUCGAUAGGGCAACUGAACUCUUAACUGAUCCUAAUGCCUCUAGCAACUGCAAUAUGACUAAUGGGGAACUUUGGCAGGCCUCGUUUGAUAAUUUCUUUGGCUAUCUGACCAAGUAUUGUGUGAACAAGUAUGAUACUAUAAUGCAGUCACUGCUAAUGCAGGCCCCCAUGAAUAUGGCUGUUAUUGGCUCAGAUGCAGCCAGAGCUAUUGGUCGUGAAAUGCCAGUUGAGUUGCUACGUGCGAGCCUUCCCCACACUGAUGAUCACCAGAGACAAUUGCUAUUAGAUUUCACGCGGAGGUCCAUGCCUGUUGGAGGAUCUAACAAUCUUGACGGGGGAAAUAGUGCCCACAUUAAUUCUGAGUCGGUGCUAAGUUGAUGUUAAAGCCAAGUGAAGGAUACUUUGGAAGAUAAAAGGCUUAAUUUUGAAAAGAAAAGGAUUCUGAGCGGGCACCCAGUUGGGUUGCAAAAUUCUUGGGUUCUGUGUACUUGUGCUCUAUUCAGGCAAAUAAAUUGGCGGGUUUAUAAGGGCAUAGAUGUGAUUUGGGUAAGUUUGGUAUUUUAGGUCUUCAUGUUCUUACAUUCAUGCUUCACUGAAAAAAACUUAUAAGAAAGCUUCUCUUUGUAAUCCUUUUAAAUCCGAUGGUACAGGUUUCCUUUUUAUAUCUUUUAGAGGGAUAUAAGGGUAGAUAAUUUUCCUAGACUUUGGAGCUUAUUUUGAUGCUCUGUUGUGGAAUUCUUAAGAUAGGGAUGUAGAAGAGCGUAUUUUGAUGCUCUGUUGUGGAAUUCAUAAUAUAGAGAUGUAGUAGGCAUGUACAGUUUUCAGUGCA